AUGAUUGAGAACGUUUUUAACGACGAUUUAAUGUGUGACAUUACGCACCGUGGAUACUUGUUUUUCUUUUUCGCUUGGUUCCACGCCAGCUUUGCCUUUCUUUUCCUUUGGGAAAAAUUUGCUUCGUUCUUUGGUUCGGUCUACGCCUUUGCCAGUAGUGGUCGCCGACCAUUGACUAAACCACGGCCAGUGGUGAUUGGGGAGCUUUUCGUUCUCUGCGAUGGCAGAAUAACACCGGUCUCCUUGGCCAAAAAAAACUCGUUGGUGUCCUCUUCCUCUUCUGUGGUGCCCUCUUCUUCUAUUUGUCCUUCCUCUGUUGCUGUUCGUCCUGCUUCUGCUGCUGCCUCUUCUGUCGGGUUUCUCUCCUCUUCUGUUGGUCCCUGUCCUUCUGUUGUCGGCUCUCCUGCUCUUGCGCCAUCUCGUGCUGCUCCUGAGCCCUCUCCAGAGUCUGUUGCCUUUUCGUCUGUGUUCCUUUCCCCUUCUGCUGUUUCCUCUUCGACCUCUGAGGUUACUAAGCAGUCUUUUGUCCUUCGGUCGGCGCCUGUCUUGUCCGACAGAAUGGACAGACAGGGAUACCUCUUGGACUUUGCGCGUGUUGUGGGUUUGUCCUGCCAUAGUGGUGGUGGCUUAGCUACCAUCCGGCAACCCUCAGAAAAAACUUCUUCUGAGGUAUCAUUUGGUCUGGGCUGUGAAGCCAUUACCCAAGCAUUGCUUGCGGCUGGUGUUGUUGCUCCUCCUGUUGCCUCGGUCGCUGCUCCUGUUGCCUCUGCUGCUUCCCCUGUGGCCUCUGUUGCACCUCCUGUUGCCUCUGUUGCUGCUCCUGUUGCCUCGGUUGCUUCUCCUGUCGCCUCUGCUGCUCCCCCUGUGGCCUUUGGUGGACCUCCUGUGGCCUCUGCGCCUUUUCCUGCGGCCUCUGCUGCUUUUCCUGCGGCCUCUGCUGCUCCGCCUGUGGCCUCUGUUGGUCUUCCUGUGGCCUCUGUAGCUACUCCGGCGCCCUGUGUGGAUUCUCCUGGGGUUUCUGUUGUUGCUCCUGUCGUUUCUGUUUCUCCUUCUGAGGCUGUUGUUGCUGUUUCUGCGGCCUUCGUUGCCCCUCGUGAGGUGGCUACUUUGGAGUCUGGCUUCUCGUGGAGUUCUUUUGCUCCUUCCGUGACUGGUCCCUUUGUCUUUGGUUCUUCGGUUUGUUCGUCUUUGCCUGCUCUUGCCCCUUCGGGUGUUAAGCAAUUGGUUAGUGCCUCUGCGGUUGGCGUAUCCGCUGGACCUGCUCCUCCAGUUGUUUGUUCGACUGCUUGCUCCCUUCCUGUUUCUUCUGCUGGCGAGUCCUUCUUCGCCAAAUUAGCUGCAGAUGAGGAUGAAUAUUUGGACUCGCUAGCAGAAGAAAUUGAUAAACUUCUUGAUCGAGAUUUCGAUUUUUAA